CCGCAGGACGCCCAAUCCUCGCUCACCUCUCUUUUCUCUCUCUCCGCAAUCCCGACUCUUCUCCGAUAUAUUAGUCCCCUCUAUACAGACCACAUCUCAUCUGCCGCCCCUGUGAAACAUGGUGUUGGAGCCGUCUAGCAAUGCUACCGGCUAUAUCAAUUCGCCGUUGCCUGCAGGUAGGGGGGAUCUCCAAGCAUCAUAAAGCACGCCAUCCUGUAGCUGAGACGUAUAUGCGUAAGAUGCCAAUGCCAUUGUGAUCCGCGCUGUCUCCUCUUCCUCCAACCGAGCUUCACGGCCUGUCUCGGAGAUGGAUGCUUAGUGCCGUAGGUUACAACUCUUGGAGUAUCGGGGCCCCCUCCCCCUCGUUUCCCAUACAUACGUCCUCUCCUAUAAAGACAUCUAGUCUUCGUCCCAUUUGGCCGUGAUAUCGUGAAAUAAUAUCCAUCUCGAAAUAGAUAUAGCAAUCCGUUACCCGUCACCCGUUACCCGUCACCUGUUACCUCAGCUUCAAACCUCAACCAAAGUAAAAGUCAAGUAAAGCAAAACAAAGCAAGGAUGGUUUCCCUACACCCCCUCCUCGACAACGGCCUCACCAAAGGCGACCCCAACUUCUCCGGCGGCACUCUCUACUGCAAAUGCGCCAGCGACCCCGUCGCCGUGACCCUAAGCUCCAACGUCGCCCACAACCACGCCUGCGGCUGCUCCAAGUGCUGGAAGCCCUCCGGCGCGCUCUUCAGCAUCGUCGGCGUCGUGCCGCGGGCCAACCUAUCCGUCACGGCCAACGAGUCCAAGCUGAGCAUCGUCGACCCCAAAGCCGCCAUCCAGCGCCACGCCUGCACCGCCUGCGGCACCCACCUGUACGGCCGCAUCGAGAUCGACCACGCCUUCAAGGGCCUCGACUUCGUGCACGUCGAGCUCAGCCCCCAGAAGGGCUGGCAGGAGCCCCAGUUCGCCGCCUUCGUCUCCAGCAUCAUCGAGCAGGGCUUCGACCCGGCCAGCAUAGGCGAGGUUAGGGAUAAGCUGCACCAGGUUGGGCUCGAGACGUACGAUUGCCUUUCGCCCGCGCUGAUGGACCUUAUUGCUGCGUAUACUGCUAAGAAGACCGGUGCCCUCAAAUAAAUUAUUGGAAUUUUAGAUAAAAAGGAUAUUAGGAUGGUUGUUGGGAGACGUAUAACAAUGAAUGAGCUUACCCAUACCCCCUAAUUGCACUUGUCAGUUGUAACUUAGGUUGAUACAUUAGGUAUAUGUACAUGUCUGAGGGCGGCCGAAAGAAAAGAAAAUAUACUAUAUUGUGAUAUACAUCCAUACAUACCUAGGCAGGUGGUGCAGAUUUAUAUAAAUAAAAGCCCCAAUAUGUGGUGUCCAUCAAGGUGUCCCUCUGGAUGCUUUUCGUAUCCUGGUAUCCCCUGCAGUGUAUACCGGCGACUUUGUUUAUUGGCUGGGCGGUUACUGAGUGUCGUCGGUAAUUGAUAAAAGUCC